UUUUUUUUUUUUUUUUGUAAAAGUAGAAUGUCAGCGGGUGUAACGGAAGAUUUUUAGAUGAACAUUUAGAGAUAUUAAUUAAUUAAAUAAUUUAAUAAUUAUCGACUUAUUUAAUAAUUAUCCGACUUAUUUAAUAUUUAUCGACUUUAUUUAUUAUGGUUCGUUUAUCAAAUAGUUUUACCCUUUUAUGUAAAAACUAUAAUCCUCAUAACAAAUUUGUUUGGGAUACUAGCAUAUGUAUUUGUGAUUUUAGAAUUAAUAUUCAUGAAUGUCCUGAACAAGAAAUUCUUAAGAUCAUAAAUUGGGUUUUAUUAGCUUAUUGUUUAUUAUUAACAAUAGUAUCAUCAAUAUGUUUGUACCAUUUAAUUUAUGUUAAGAAACAACCUUUCUUUCUUCCUGCAAGAAAAGAUCGUGGAAUUUUAAGACCACGUCCACAACACAUGUACUAUGCUUUGGCUUUAAUAUAUUGUCCAUGGCAAAUCAUUCAUAUACUUCAACUUGUUAACGAUCUUUAUCCGAACGUUGCUUGGGCCGAAAUUUUCCAAAUAUUACCUCGAACUUUAAUAGCAUCAUUUUCGGUAUUAUAUCCGUUGAGCAUUUUAUAUUCAACGGGUGCCAUUGAAUUAGAUACAACAUUAUCUUUAAUGGAAUCAAAAAAAUCUCGGAAUUUACUUAAAAUAGACAUCACAUGUAUCACCUUAAUGUUAUUACCUUUCAUCAUCUUUUUACCAUUGGCCGGAUUAACAGGUUAUUAUGCUGAUAUUGGUAAUAUUGAGAAAGCGAAUAAUUAUUUUAUAGUUCAAAAUAUAUUUUGGGUUUUAUGGGGUUCAGGUUAUAUUGGAUCAAUGAUAUAUUUUUGGUCAAGAUUCAUUCCUAGGGUAAAAAAAAAUAUUGAUGAUUUAAUUUUGAAUGAUAAAAAAAAGAAUCUUGAUUCAAUAUUAGAACAAUUCUUACAAAAUCGUGAUAAUUUAACCUCUCCAGUUAUUUGGAAAAUAAUUCCUGCAUGUCUUUUUCUUUUGGUCUUAUUUAUAUACGUGACUCUCCGUAGAUCUAAUAUUAUUUUUGUUAAUGGGAUUAAUCUUACCAUUAUAAUUAUUUGGAAUUAUGGUUUACCUAUCUUUAUUCAUGUAAUUCAAUGGGUUAUGAUUUAUAAUACUCAUGUGGCAUCAAAAAAACCUCCGAAGAAAUUACAUAGGAAUAAUAAAAAAAUAUGUAAUAGUAGUCAUUAUAAUAAUAAUGGUCGAAGUCGUAGUAGUACUAUUAUAGGAAUAGGUUGUGGUAAUGAUGCUAUCAUACCUUCAGCUUAUCAUCGUUAUUCUUAUUCAUCAACAAAAAUUUCGAAUUAUAAUAAUAAUAAUAAUUCUUCUCCUAGUACAACUUCAAAACAUUAUAGUAAAAAAGAUUUAUAUAAUUCUACUUAUUCAUAUUAUAACGUUGAUAUUAAAUCAAAAAAAGCAGAAUUGAUGAAAAAUGGUGUAAGUACAAUUCCAAAUAAUAAUAAUGAUAAUAAUUAUAAUCAAAGAUUUUCUAUUCUUUCUUUACCAGAUAAUAAUAAUAAUAACAAUAAUACUAAAUCAUUACAUCAUAGUUAUAAUGGUAGUUCUUCUAAUAAUGUUAAAUUAAUUAAGAAAUCACAUAGAAAUACCACUACCACAAUUGUUAAUAAUUAUUAAGAAAAAAAAGUUUAUUAAAAAAGAUUUUGUUAUUACAAUGAAUUAGUAAAGUGUAGUUUUGAAUGGAAUUGAAAAAGUUUUUUUUUUGAGAGUAGCGAGAAUAGGAGAGUAGCGAGAGUAGUGUGAAAGUAAAAUAAAUGUCUUUUUUUUUUCUCAAAAAAUUAAAAAAAUGUUU